AGUUGAAAAAAACAGCUGGAAAUCAAUCGGUAAUACCUGAAAAAAGAGGCACGUGACUAAUCUUACGGAAAACAAGGAUUGACAAGGACAUUGACAGGAGAAAAGAACAUUUAACGAGGAAGACGAUAAGCUGUUAAUCUACAUUGAUCCACAUACUGUGAGUUGUACACGAAAAUCAUUAUUACCGAGCCAAUAAAAGUACAGACAAAAGAGACUUAGCAAUGGCUACUGUACCAUUGAUGUUUGCGGAAGAAGAUGUUGAGGGUGGUGGAAAGGAAGAACAUGCUGGAGGAAUUCAAAAUGAUUUUGCAUACAACAACAAUGUUCACAAUGCCAACAUUAAGAUUCGCAUGGCUUUCUUGCGCAAGGUAUAUGGAUUAUUGAGUAUUCAGUUACUGAUGACAGUAAUUGUAGCUGCUAUAUUCAUGAUGUGUGAGCCAGUAAAAUUGUUUAUUCAACAAAAUACAUGGAUGGUAGGUGCUUCAUUUUUUCUGACUCUUGGAAUUCUAAUUGCUCUUUCUGUCAAGAGGAAAGAUCAUCCUGCCAAUUUGAUACUCUUGAGUGCCUUUACUUUGGUACAAGCCUACACUGUUGGUGUCAUAGUAACGAUGUAUGAUAAAACCAUUGUUCUCGAAGCACUCUUGAUUACUCUGACUGUUGUCAUUGGAUUGACAGCUUAUACUUUCCAAACAAAAAGAGAUUUCUCAUUCAUGGGUUUUGGGUUAUUCGCAGGAUUGUGUGUGCUAUUAGUCGGUGGUUUGUUACAAAUUUUCGUACAAAGCACUGUACUAGAACUUGCGAUAAGUAUUGGCGGUGCAUUGCUAUUUUCUUUAUUUAUUGUCUUUGACACGCAAUUACUAAUGCACACACUUUCACCAGAGGAGUAUAUCCUGGCUACGAUCAACCUCUACCUGGAUAUAAUAAAUCUGUUUCUUCAUAUCCUGCGAGCUCUUGCUGCCGCAAAACAGUAAAUAUCUUAUUAUCCGAUGUUAUCUACGUAAAUUGUACUUUAUGUCUCUAUUUCCAAACUUUCUAUUAGUUCAAGCUAUCGUAUUGACAGUUCAGUUUAUCGAAUCACGAAAUUAUUUCUUAUCGAUUUUAUCGUUUGAAAUUAAUUGAUUUAUUCACAUGUGUGUCAUCUUCUAUUGCGCAAGUUACACGUAACGUACAUGCGAUCUUUGUACGGGUUAAAACAAUGUUUAGCGAGUGCACAGAAUUAUUGUAGUACAGUAUUGCAUUUUUAGGCAUCAUGUUAGAGUGUAUACAUAUGAUAUACUGUAUAUUUUAAAUAUAUAUUAUUUGGCUAUUGUAUUGGUUCUGUGUAUAGCGUAGGCAGUAUGUGUGCUAUUAUCGGACCAUCAAUUACAUUAUUGCUGAAGGCUGACUUUUUGUCGUAAUUCGUAGAAAUGAUUGUUUCGGUUUCUGACGUAGAGAACGUCAAUGAUUCUAUGGGUAACCUGCAGUGCCUUUAGGAAAAGGUACGGCUCUUCCUUUCACUGACAACAGCUGCAUAGAAUUAAUCGAUAAUUUGUUAAUUUGAACAAAAAAUAUGUUUUCAUCACGUUACGUGUAAAACGUUGUUAUGGUACGGCAGGUCUUAGGCGUUCUUAAUGAAGCUUUUGAACGUCAUUGAUUAUGGGUAAAUCAAUGUGGAUUUGUAGAUCAUAAAACUGUUACUAGUCUCUGUAUUAAGAGUUCGUUUAUUUACAUAUAGGGGAUUCAGGAAUAUAAGAUAAUAAAUUACAUUACUUUGUUGGUUUACUAUA